AUGGACCCUCAGACCAUGGGGGCCCAGGAGCCUCCUCGGGGUCUGCCGCUGCCAAGCACGUGGGAAUUGCCCCCUAGCCCAGGGGCCAGCUUUGCCCCAAAUGACCACUCCAUUCAGGAGAUUGAGAAGGCCACAGAUCAACAGAGCAUCCCUAAUGAUAGUCCUGCCGGUGGUGAGGGCAUCCUUUCUGAAGAGGAAACCUUUGCUGUGGAUGAUGAGGAUUCUGACAGGGAGCUGAAUACCUGGAAGCUGUCUGAAGGGGUGUCUGGCUGUCCACCCAAGGAACAGGCUGCUGAUCUUUUUAAUGAGGACCGAGACUUGGAAUUGAAAGCAGAUCAAGAGAAUCCAUAUGAUACUGAUGACAUCCAAGGUUGCAUUUCUCAAGAAGUCAAACCUUGGGUGUGCUGUGCCCGGCAAGGAGACAUGGUCCAUGACCCCAAUUGGCACCAUCCACCUCCACUGAUACCGCAUUAUUCCAAGAUAGUCUUUGAAACAGGACAGUUUGAUGAUGUUGAAGACUGA